ACCAACAACCAUCUAUCAAGCUUGACAACUCAGCAUUCCAAAAUGGCCUCUGCAAACGAGCACACGCUGCCCCAGCUGCCUUACGGCUACAAUGCGCUCGAGCCCGCGAUCAGCGCUCAGAUCAUGGAGAUCCACCACUCCAAGCACCACCAGGCCUACGUCAACGGCCUGAACGCGGCCGAGAAGGCGUACAGCCAGGCUGCCAGCAGCGCCGACGUGCGCAAGCAGAUUGAGCUGCAGAGCGCCAUCAAGUUCAACGGCGGUGGCCACAUCAACCACUCGCUCUUCUGGAAGAACCUGGCGCCCACGAGCGAGGGCGGCGGCAAGCUCCAGGACGGUGCCCUCAAGCAGGCCAUCGACAAGGACUUUGGCGGCCUGGACAAGCUCAAGGAGCACUUCAACAAGACGACGGCCGCCAUCCAGGGCUCCGGCUGGGGCUGGGUCGGCUACAACCCCCUCAACCAGAGGCUCGAAGUCGUCACGGCCAAGGACCAGGACCCGCUCACGACGCACCACCCCAUCAUCGGUGUUGACGUGUGGGAGCACGCCUACUACCUCCAGUACCAGAACCUGCGCCCCAAGUACCUCGAGGCCAUCUGGUCCGUCAUCAACUUCCAGGAGGCUGAGAAGCGCUUCCAGGAGGCCCAGAAGAAGGCCCAGCUGUAAAUUUCUCCUUCUCUCUCCCUCCCAUUUUUCCCUCUCUUCCUCUUCAG